AGGACCCAGCUAGGAAGAAGCAGAGGUGGGAUGCAAAGACAUAUCCUCUGAUUCCAGUUCCGCUGAUCUUUCUUCCACACCACAAUCCUUUGGCUGUGACUAGAUGGGGGCAGACAAGACCAUGCACAUGUUCUCAAAGGUCCAGAUUGUAGGAGCACUAUCUGUGACUUGGCUCCUGGCUAUAGUCUUCACGCACUUCCUAAGGCCUGUCAUUCUCCCUCCAGUCCUGAAUUUGGAGGUAGAAAAGGAAGAAGACCUGAUCUACGGGCCAUGGAGCAACAAAAAGACAUUCACUGAGCAGGGACAAUCAAAUGGAGGAGAGUUGGAAGAGAAAGAAAUGGAAGAGGAGGCCUGGAGCUAUAUGGAUGCAUGCAAGUUUGUCCUGGUGGAGAGCAUUCCUGAGGACCUGCCCUACCUAUCUGCCAGCCCAGCAGCUCAGCCCCUGAUCCAGUCCUGGAUGGAGCUCCUGGAUUCUGCUCAGGAGAGUGUCCAUGUUGCCUCUUACUAUUGGUCCCUCACAGGGCUUGAUAUUGGUAUCAAUGAUUCUUCUUCCCGACCGGGGGAAGAACUGUUGGAGAAGCUGGAGACUCUGCUGGCCCAGAACGUCUCUCUGACCGUUGCAACAAGUGACCCAACACUGGCUUUAAAUUCUACUGACCUGGAAGUCCUUGUGGGCAAAGGAGCACAAGUGAGGAAGAUCCCAAUGAAGCACUUGACCCAGGGUGUCCUGCAUACCAAGUUCUGGAUCGUGGACAUGAAGCACGUGUAUCUGGGAAGUGCCAACAUGGACUGGCGGUCCCUGACACAGGUGAAGGAACUUGGUGUUGUGAUCUACAACUGUAGCUCCCUCGCAUACGACCUUGAGAAGACAUUCCAGACUUACUGGGUCCUGGGGGUUCCUGGGACCACUGUCCCCAAACACUGGCCCCAGAACUACUCCACAAACAUCAACUGGCAUCAGCCCCUGCAGGGAACACUUGAUGGCAUGGUCACUAGUGCCUAUUUCUCUGCCUCGCCACCUGUACUCUGCCCCAAAGGCCGGACCCGAGACCUAGAUGCUCUGCUAAGUUUGAUUAGAGAUGCCAAAGAUUUCUUCUAUGCUUCUGUGAUGGAAUAUUUCCCCACCAGCCGCUUCCAACACCCAUUCAAGUACUGGCCAGUCAUUGACAAUGCUCUGAGGGAGGCGGCCUUCAACCGGCACGUGCCAAUUCGUCUUCUCAUCAGCUGCGGGAAGAACUCAGACCCUUCCAUGUUCCCAUACCUGAGGUCCCUACAGGCCUUCACUAACCCCCAGGCCAAUAUUACCAUAGAAGUGAAAAUAUUCAUCAUCCCUGAGGGGAACCACUCCAACAUCCCUUUCAGCAGAGUGAGUCACAGCAAGUAUGCAGUCACAGAAAAGAAGGCGUAUGUGGGAACAUCUAACUGGUCUGAGGAUUAUUUCACCAACACAGCUGGUGUGGGGGUGAUCGUCAAUCAAAGCUCCUCUGAUCCCCAGCACCCAGCUCCCACCAUUCAGGACAAGCUAAGGAGUAUUUUUGAGCGGGAUUGGCAGUCCCCUUAUGCCAUCAGUCUGGAAAAACUUCCUGGCCAGCAGGACUGUGUCUGGCAUGCCUGAGACCAGCAUCUCCAAGCUCUCUCCCCUGCUCCCUCUUCCAUUUUUUUCUCUGCUUUCCCUUCUCUGACUUUUCCCCUUCCAUCUCCCUCUCUAGGGCUUAGGUUUCUAAUCAAUAAAAAGAAAUGAUUGAGUUAGAUUAUUUUUAAGGUCCCUUCUAGCUCCACAUUUUAUGAUCACUCUCCUCUUUGAUUUUCUCUGUCCCUUCUCCCUCUCCCUGUACACCACCUUUUCAUUUCCUUUCCCCU